GUACCAUCUCUCCUCUCCUCACUCUUAACUUUCUCUUCAUUCAGACCAGCAGGUUGUAAUGUGUUUAACAAGCAGUCAACAAUAACAAGACGAUUGUUCUACUACCAUACUGGAAAAAUUCCCAUCAACUGAGGAUUUCUUCACUGCACUGCUACACCUCCCCACUGAGUCUCAUCCAAAACACAACCAGCUGAGACCCAGCAAAACAAUUACAGCUCUGCAACAGAGAUUACUUUAACAGCCUGGAGGAGCCAAUAGCGUUGUGUCUUCUUAGGGAACUACAACAUAAGACAUCUGAGAUGAGUUGAGAUGUUAUCUACCACAUGAAUUUAUCUGGACUCUUAUGGGAUUUGUUUUGCUGUAUUCCUCUAGGGUUAAUCUGGUUACUGCAAGUGAACAUAAUGUCUAACAACAUGGCCAAGAUUGCAGAUGCUCGAAAGACAGUGGAGCAAUUAAAGUUAGAGGUUAAUAUUGACAGAAUGAUGGUAUCUAAAGCUGCAGCUGAACUGAUGGCUUACUGUGAAGCGCAUGCAAAAGAAGAUCCCCUGGUAGCACCUGUGCCAUCCUCAGAAAACCCUUUCAGAGAGAAAAAGAUUUUCUGUACUGUUUUGUAGAUGUUAUUUAUAGGGCACAUUUUUAUUUUAUUUUGUAGGAUAAUUCAAAGACCUGAAGCCAAAUGUUUCGCUGAUAUUUUACAUAAUUUGAAACAUGACUUUUUAUCUCUCUCAUGCAGGCUACCAUAACUGUAAUGUUUCUGGAUUAUUAAAUUUUUUAACUUAAAUAUAUGUAUAAUAAAACUUUGCAAUUGGAUAAUUUCUUCUGUAGUAGCUUCUAAACAAAAAUGUAUUAUUUUUGUGAAAUAUUUCUAUAAAAAAGGUAUUUAUCUUAGAAACUAAUGAUGUUCAUCUCAAGCACUGAGAUGUUGAUGUGUUUCACAGAUUUGACCCAUUUUUAUUUGUUUUAUUUUUCAUUUAUUAUUGAUGUUUUUCAGCAAAAUCAUUGAAGUCUAUUAAAUAGAUUUAUGAACUAAGGGGAUGUAAUAAAACAGCUAAUUUGCCAGGAAAUGUAAACAUUGCAUUAAUAUGCAUAUAUGUACAUGCACCUGAUUUCAAUAAGUUAUUAUUACCAUUUUCAAAUUUAAAAAUGUCAAGUGGAAAUAAGAUAAGACAAUAUAAAAUUUCGUCUCAUGGUGGCGCUGUUUUCCUAUCCCACACAGCUGCUCUGAAUGCUGCUUGCUUUAUCUAAACAAUAAAAGAGAGCAAAGUUCA